UUUUAUUUUAUUUUUUUUAAAGAAGAGAUGUUUCAGCUUCCAGUGAAUAACCUCACUCGGCUGAGGAAGGCCAGGAAAAAAGUCAAGAGACUGCUGAGUGACAUUGGCCUUGACUACUGCAAGGAGCAUGUGGAGGACUACAAAGAUUUUAGCCCCAGUGAUUCUUACAUGAAACAAUUUUACCUUGACAUUUGUAUGUGGGAUCCAUCUUGGACAAAGUCACAGGACUACAGAACAAAGCAGUUUUGCUGCUCAGAUUGCCCGUUCACCUCCAAGUAUUUCUCUGCCUACAAAAACCACUUCCGCAAUGUUCACAGAGAAGACUUCGAGAGCAAGAUCCUUCUUAAUUGCUCCUAUUGCACAUACAGUGGGAACAAGAGGACACUGGAAACCCAUGUCAGGCUCUUCCAUAUGCCUCACAAUAUGGUGCGUCAGGGUUUCGCCGGCCCUCACGGAGCUCCAAUUGGGGUUAAGGACGGUAUGCGGGUAGACAAGCCCUUGUUGGGUGAUCGAAAGGAGCUCCCGGUGUACUACUGCAAGAAGUGCACCUAUCGAGAUAGACUGUACAACGUGGUGCGCAGGCAUAUCUACAGGGAACACUUCCAGCAUGUGACUACACCUUACCUGGGAAAAAACUCAGAGAAGCAAGAAAACAGUGUAGAGGCCCCUGGCAACAGUCAGGGGAUUCACUGCAAGAGCUGCCACUUUACACCUCGUUCUUAUGAAGCACUGGUGCAGCACGUCAUUGAGUUCCACGAGCGCAUUGGCCAUCAAGUCACCGCUAUGAUUGGGCACACCAAUGUCAUAGUGCCGAGACCCCAGGCGAACUUAAUCCAAAGGGGCGUUGCAAUUGCUCCUGGUGUGCGUCCUCAAACACCUCAAAUGAAUCGCUUCAAUGUGCCCAAAAUGGUGGGGUUACCUGUCGGCAACCAUUUCAAGCAAACCCUUGCAGGCAACUCCAUGCUUGGUCACCCAGUACGCGUUACACUACCUGAUAAAGCUUUCGUGUCUGGUGCGGUCUCCCAGUCACACACAGGAAAACACCUGGGCAGCUUUGGAGUACAUGGUGCUACACAUCUUAAUGCCCAGUCGGCUUCUUUCUCCCCCUCGUUGAAGAGUCUACCUCUCUCUUCAUCCGUGCAUGCUGCUACUGCCACGUUGACGUCACUGCAGGCCAAGAAAGCUUCAGCCAAUGCUCUGAACACCUCACAAACACAAAAGUGGAAGAUUUGCACCAUCUGCAAUGAACUUUUCCCUGAAAGCACAUAUAGUGCUCACUUUGAAAAGGAACAUCAGGCGGAGAAGGUGAGGGCGAUGGCUAAAUACAUCAUGAAGAUUCACAACUUUACUAGCAAGUGUCUGUACUGUAACCGUUACCUACCCAGUGACUCUUUGUUGAACCAUAUGCUAGUGCAUGGGCUAUCUUGCCCUCAAUGUCAUUCCACGUUUCACGAAGUUGAGAAAAUUGUAGCACACAAGCGGCUGGCGCACCCCAACGAGCCAGGGGAUCCGCCAACUGAUUCUCCUCUUACAUUCGAUCUCACACUUCAACAAGGAAGCCCCAAAAAUGUUCAGCUUAUUAUAACCACCUACAACAUGAAGGAGACCCCUGAAGCCUCUUCAGCUGCCAAUCAACAGCCACAAAACAGCGCCAUGGCUAAGCCUGCAAAGAUGGCUGCAAAGCAGCCAGAUACUCAAAGUGAUUCUGUGGUCCGAAACAUGUCCCAGUCUUCGGUGUCGCAAAAGAAAGAAGUUGGGAAGACACUCUGCCCACUAUGCUUCACUAUUCUUAAAGGUCCCAUCUCGGACGCCCUAGCCCAUCAUUUACGGGAUCGUCAUCAAGUACUCCAAACAUUGCACCCUGUAGAGAAAAAA